UGUGCAGAUAAGAGUUGUUUGAAUAUGAUAACGUGCGAUAAGAGUUCGUGAUGUUUAUUUCCAGGCAUUGAUUUGUUGUUGAAUAAAACACUCCUCUUUACCAGUUGGGUCAUGAAUGUUCUAUAGAGUUGUAGCAAACUUCAGUGAGGUUGGAACAUCAACAAGGUCGUCCCAUGCCGACCUCCACUCACUCCUGAAGCGGUGUGUUAAUCAUCAGCUCUCCAUGUCCUUAUCAGCCUGACACACACUCCAGUUAUCUCACUCUCUGACACACACCUUUACCUCUCCUCAUUUCGCCACAGGAUGCGCUAUGUCGUGUCUCUCGGCUCUCUCGGCCUGCUCCGGCUGCUCGGCGCGCCCUGGUCGUGGAGCGUGGCCGCUGGACUCGGCCUGUACCUGGGCUCCGGGGGCUGGAGAUACUUGUACGUGGCCGUGCGCACCGCCAAGAGGGACCUCCAUGGUGUGCUGGUGCUCCUGAGGGUGAAGCUGGCACUGUUGCGUCACCUGCGUAACGGUAGCACCAUCCCCUCCAUCUUCGCCCAGACAGUUGCUCGCCAUCCGGACAAACCGGCUCUGAUCUACGAGGCCACUGGGGAAACGUGGACCUUCUCUGAGCUGGACCAGCUGAGUAAUGGUGUGGCUCACUGGGCACUGAGUCAGGGCUGGGGCUCAGGCGAUGUGGUGGCUCUGUUGAUGGAGAGCAGGCCUCUGCAGGUGGCUCUGUGGCUCGGUCUGGCUAAACUCGGCAUCGAGGCAGCGCUCAUCAACUUCAACCUUAGGAGAGACUCCCUCAUGCACUGCCUGGGCGUGUCAAGAGCACGGGCGCUCAUUUUUGGGGCAGAGCUCGCUGAUGCCGUGUCGGAGGUGAGCUCCUCUCUCAGCGAGUCUAUGGCUCUCUUCUGCACCGGAGACCUGAGUCUUGAUCACAUGACCUCCCUCAAAGCUCAGCCUUUGGACUCACUGCUGGCAUCUACGCCGCGCCAUCCUCUCUCCUGCACUCCAUCCAAGGGCUUCAGCGACCGUUUGUUCUACAUUUACACGUCUGGCACCACUGGACUCCCCAAAGCUGCUAUCGUGGUGCACAGUCGAUAUUACAGAAUGGCUGCUUUUGGCUAUUACGCUUUCGGCAUGAAGCAAGAUGACAUCCUGUAUGACUGCUUACCUCUCUACCAUUCUGCAGGUAAUAUAAUUGGAGUUGGUCAGUGUUUACUCAACGGCCUGACUGUGGUGGUGAAGAAGAAGUUUUCAGCCAGUCGCUUCUGGGAAGACUGCAUCAAAUACAACUGCACGGUGGUGCAGUACAUUGGUGAGAUCUGCCGUUACCUGCUGUCUCAGCCUGUGCGUCCAUCAGAGCGGCAGCACCGUGUACGUCUGGCUGUAGGGAACGGGCUCCGCCCCAGCGUCUGGGAGGCCUUCACUCAGCGCUUCAGCAUUAAACAAAUCGGCGAGUUCUACGGAGCCACCGAGUGUAACUGCAGCAUCGCCAACAUGGACGGCAAGGUGGGAUCGUGUGGGUUUAACAGCAUGAUUCUGCCGAACGUCUACCCCAUCCGACUAGUGAAGGUAAACGAGGAGACCAUGGAGCUGGUGAGGAAUAAGGACGGACUGUGUGUUCCUUGUCAGCCAGGAGAACCCGGACUUCUGGUGGGCAAAAUCAACCAGCAGGAUCCUCUACGUCGCUUCGAUGGCUACGCCAAUCAGGACGCCACCAAGAAGAAGAUUGCUCACAAUGUUUUCAAGAAAAACGACUCUGCCUACUUGUCAGGUGAUGUUCUGGUGAUGGAUGAAUUGGGCUACAUGUACUUCCGGGACCGUGGUGGGGACACGUUUCGCUGGAAGGGUGAAAAUGUCUCCACGACUGAAGUGGAAGGAACUCUGAGCAGCCUGCUGGGUCAGACUGAUGUGGCAGUGUACGGCGUUGCUGUGCCAGGUGUGGAGGGAAAAGCAGGGAUGGCUGCGAUCGCUGACUCCACAGGAAGCUUUAACUGUGAAUCCUUUCUUAGAGAAGUCCAGAAGGUGUUGCCUCCAUACGCUCGGCCAGUUUUUCUCCGCAUCUCCCCACAAGUAGACACUACAGGUACAUUUAAAAUUCAGAAGACCAGGUUACAGAAAGAGGGCUUCAACCCCCGCAUCACAGCAGACCAGCUCUACUUCCUGAACUCCAGAGCAGGGCGUUACGAGGUCAUGACAGAGGAAAUGUAUAAUGCCUUAGUGGAAGGUAGGAUACCUCUGUGAGGAGCAGGUCAGGUAAAGUCCAGGGCAUUUCAGGGAUCAGUUAUCAAGGGCAAAAGCAAGCAACCAGGAUCUCUGCUGUGGAUUGUGUAGUGCUAACAUUAAGAGAGUUUAACGUUUAGCACUGUUUAACUGAAUAGCACUAUAUUUAAAAAAAAAAAAAAAGUAUUCAUUUUUACAUUUUGCAGUGUGUAAUCUGUGCCUUUUUUGCAUGAGACGCACAUUAGGUUAAAGGGUUCCUUCAACGGUUGGGACUGUUACCAGCGAAAAGCUUUGUCUGAUCUGAUGGUUUUUUAUUUGGAAAGGUGUGUUACUUUUACCAGAGGUCAAAACAUUGAGGUCAGUUCUGCCUGUUAAAAUGGUGUUGAUUUAAUGCUGAACAAAAGUAUUACAUCACUGUACCUGGUCAAGAGGAGAGCUAUUCUCUUGAACACCAGAACUGAUGAUUUUUCUUUUCAACUGACACAAACACAAAACCAGAAGCACAAACAAUUUGAUUCCUCUUUUAUUUUCUUGUCCUUUAUUUACCACUGUUGUUUUAGAGACAAAAAAAAACCUUUUAAGCAAUACAUAAAAACCUCCUAAAAAGGGAGCGUAUAGUUUACUUUAUUAAUAGCUAACACUCCCUGUCUGGGUUGCCAAACACUAACAUCGAUGAUGUUUUCCGCACCGACUGUGUAGGUCUGUGUGACUAGUUUUGUUUUUAAUGGAUCGUAGAUGGAUAUUUCUAAAGACGUCUAAUGAGUAUAAAAGUGCCUUAAAUCUUCACUCCCUGAAUUUCUAAGAAAAUAAUCAUCCAUUGUAGAAAAUUUGAUUUGGAUGUUAAUGUCGUUCUGUGACACUGUGUGGGCCAUCAGCACUGACCGUUGUCCUGUUUUAACAUGAUGUGAAUGGAAAAUAAACAUUAUUAAAAACCUG